AUGCUGCGGGCUGGGCGCCGAUGUCCAGUGCUGCUGCGGCUACAGCGUCUUCGGAAGCGAUGGAAGCUUGGGCCCUGUUCAAUCGUGGGUGGCAUUUGGCUAGAACCUUUCGGAGGUGCCCGGUCACUGUACUUCGAGACCUUGCCUAGAGACGCGCGGGAUGAAGAAGGAGGGCACAAGGUGGUGCGUAUGAAAGCUCAGUGCGCACAGUCUCCUGCUCUCUCUCCGCGCCCUGGCAUUGGGAUGAGAUGUCUUUCGUCACUGCAGAGCAUUAGACUGCUGGCGCACCGGGAGGUGUCACGCCCUCGGGAGCGCGAGGACUCGAAUGGAGACCAGGAUCAGUCCCAGCUCACCCUGGACCUGUCCGCUACCGAAGUCGAAGAGUUUCCAGCCUCCUCUUCCUGCUCAACUUCCAGGGAGGGUCCGUUUAGGGCUGGGGAGCUGAUUUUAGCGGAAACUGGCAAGAGAGAAAUACAAUUUAAGAAAUUAUUUAGGUUGAGCAACACCGGGCAUUUAAAUAGUAACUGGGGGUUAGUCCGGUUCAACGAGAUCGUGGGGAAGUUCCCCGGCCAGAUGAUGAAGAGUUCCUCUGGUAAGCAGUUCUUGCUGAGGAGGCCGGCGUUGGAAGAUUAUGUAUUAUUGAUGAAAAGAGGGCCUGCCAUAUCAUAUCCAAAGGAUAUGAAUAUGAUGCUGUUGAUGAUGAAUAUCAACCCAGGUGAUACUGUUUUGGAAGUUGGUUCGGGCUCUGGUGGAAUGAGCUUAUUUUUAUCCAAAGCAGUUGGAUCAAAAGGGCGAGUCAUAAGUUUUGAAAUAAGAAAAGACCACCAUGAUCUGGCUAAGAAGAAUUACAGACAAUGGCGUGAUUCAUGGAAAAUAAGUCAUGUAGAAGAGUGGCCAGACAAUGUGGAUUUUAUUCAUAAGGAUAUUUCAGGAGCAACUGGUGACGACAUGAAAUCCUCCACAUUUGAUGCAGUAGCCUUGGAUAUGUUAAAUCCUCAAGUUGCUUUACCCAUUUUAUAUCCAAAUCUUAAGCAGGGUGGUAUAUGUGCUGUGUAUCUAGCAAACAUCACACAGGUUAUCGAACUUUUAGAUGGAAUUCACACCUGUGAACUUGCUCUCUCAUGUGAGAAGAUAAGCGAAGUCAUUGUCAGAGAUUGGUUGGUUUGCCUUGCAAAACAGAAAAAUGGAAUUUUAUCUCCAAAAGUAGAACCUAAAAUCAACACAGACUUACGAGUACAUUCUCAAAAGAAAACUGGAGUUGAAAGUGAGCUGUUUCAAGAGGAUGACCAUGAAGAAUCACAUUCUGAUUUUGUAUAUGGAUCAUUUCCCUAUAUUGCUAGACCUAUACACUGGCAAGCUGGUCAUACAGCUUUUCUUGUCAAGUUGAGGAAGUUCAAACCACAAGUUAACUGAGUACUCCAGAUGACAGCAACUGAAUUGAAGACUGGAAAGUACCAAAAUAGAACUUCAUAUUACAAAUCUACUUUCCUAGAUUGGUAUUUUUAGCUCUUACUAUCAUUUGUAUAAUUUUUACAUAUAAUUUUGAAAAAUAACCAAAGCUAAAGAAAGGUGUGUGACAUAGCGAAACUGCUUAAAUGCCCCAUUUUGACACUCGUCUUGCUGUUAGUUUGACAUUUUGCAGUUAAUGAUUCCAAGUUUAGUUGCUCCAUCUCAUUCUUCACUUCCUGUAAACCACGCCAUAGAUUUGUCUUUCUCCGUCAAAUUAGUUUUCUUUUCUUUGUUUGAUUGAUGAUCAUUGGCUACUGAAAAUAAAAUAUGCAUUUUAAGAUAAA